UUGAAUUCUCCAGACUCCAAAGCAAAGCAAAUUAAAAAACCCAAGAAAUCCAACGUUAAAACAUUCUCCAUCAUUCUAUUCUCUGAGCAUUUAAUGCUAUUCUAAUGGCUUCUCCCAAUUCUUUCUUCAUCAUCUCAUUCUUCUUCAUUUUGAUCAGCUUGUUGUUAUUACUUCAAAAGCCUUUACCUGUUACCAGCUUUCACUACCGAAGCCUCCUCAAUUUAGUCAAUGCCACAGCUUCCACCAACCUAACCAAGAACCCCCACAAAUGGGUCGGACCCGUCGGCCUCCGCCUCAUCUCUGUCGCUGUUAACGGCUCCGCCGAUUUCCGGUCUGUCCAAGCCGCCGUAGAUUCCAUCCCAGUAAACAACACACAGAACGUCGUCAUUCAAAUAAGCGCCGGAUGUUACAUAGAGAAGGUGGUAGUGCCCGUGACGAAGCCGUACAUCACAUUUCAAGGCGCAGGCAGAGACGUGACUGUGAUUGAAUGGCAUGACAGGGCCGGUGACCGGGGGCCCAACGGGCAACAGCUGCGUACUUACAGAACAGCUUCUGUCGCUGUUUUUGCCAAUUAUUUCUCAGCCAGAAACAUCAGCUUCAAGAAUACAGCGCCGGCACCAUUGCCGGGCAUGCAGGGAUGGCAAGCGUUGGCAUUCCGGAUAUCAGGGGAUAAGGCAUAUUUCGCUGGGUGCGGAUUCUACGGCGCACAGGACACUCUUUGCGACGAUGCGGGACGGCAUUACUUCAAGGAGUGUUACAUUGAGGGCUCCAUAGACUUCAUUUUUGGUAAUGCUCGCUCCAUGUACAAGGAGUGUGAGCUACACUCAAUCGCGACAGGGUUCGGCUCCAUCGCAGCACAGUUCAGGAGCAAGCCAGACGAGAAGACGGGGUUCGCAUUUGUCCGGUGCCGGGUGACGGGCACUGGUCCGCUCUACGUGGGUCGGGCCAUGGGGCGGUACGCCCGGAUUGUCUACUCCUUCACCUACUUCGAGGAUGUCGUUGCACAUGGUGGCUGGGAUGGAGGGGACCCCACCAACAACAUCAACAACAACAACAAGACUGUGCUUUUGGGAGCAUACAAGUGCUGGGGCCCGGGAGCUGAGGUGCUGAAAGCGGUGUCAUGGGCCCCAGAGCUCGAUUUCAACUCGGCCCAUCCAUUCCUCGUUAAAAGUUUCGUCAAUGGGAGGCAUUGGAUCGCACUCUCUGACAGUUAGCAUAACUCAAAAUCAAUUUCUUUUUUUUUUCUUUUUUUUUUAAAUUACUUUAACAAUCAAUUUAUUUAUUCUUUUUUUUUUUUUGGGGUUUUCUUUUUACUUGGAAAUCCAUUUAUUCCUUCACAUUAAUUUUUGCAUACAUGUACUUAACAAAACUUAUGUCCAUUUUAUUCGUUCAUUAUUUGUUAAACAUUUUU